UAAUCAAAAGAGUAAAGACCUAUUAAAAGCUUCGUUUGCUUGAUUUUUCUUGAUUUUCUGAAAUCGGAGACGGGAAAGUUAGGGAUACGAAAUCUGUGAUAAAGCUUUUUGAAGAUAAGCUCUCAUGGAUUCCUCAAUUUUCCAUGCUUUACAGGAGCGGUUGUUUGCAAGUCAUGCCGUUGCUAGCGUUGGUUCAGUGGCUUUAGCCACCGCUGUGUCUUACCCCCUUGACACUAUUAAAUUACUUAUUCAGGUUGGUUCAAGCUCCAGCAAACAAUUAACAGCAACUCAGGCUUUGCAUAGACUGCAAACUCUAUCAGGAUAUUCUGGUUUGUACAGUGGUUUUGGGUGGUUGACUUUCGGAAGAAUUUUUGGUGUGGGAACCCGCUUUGGAGUCUAUGAAAUUUUGACUGCAUUUUACAAAGAUGGUCGAGAAGACAAUUAUGUUUAUGUCUCUGAAGCCCUAAUGGCUGGAAUGGCAGCUGGAGCUGCAGAAUCCCUCAUAAGCUCUCCAUUUGAACUUAUGAAAGUUAGGGCGCAAGUGUCCUCUGCCUCUCGAGUUCAAAGCUCUUCAUCUGUUGCAGAAAAUAGAACUGUUGCACUUUUUACGGGAAGAUUACUUCAUGGACAUACUCCUGAUUUGAAGGCACUGAACCACUCUGCUGGCCUUUUGUCUAUAUUGACUACCAAGCAUCCGAAUUUGAUUGGGGCCUUACAAGAAUACCCUUGGAUGAUGACUGGAUCUGGGAGGCCGCCGUCAGUAUGUAAUGUCAGGAGACCAUCUGACAUUGUCUCUUUGGAAGGAUGGGGUGCAUUUUGGAGAGGUCUAAGGCCUGGAGUUGUUCGAGAUUCUGUUUUUGGUGGCAUAUUCUUUUCUAGUUGGCAAUUCCUGCACCAAGCAAUGCUUGACUGGAAAGCUGUUGGGAUGCAUCCCGAACCCAGGUCUGAUGAAGAAAUUGGUCCUCUUUCUCCUUUAGCUGUUAGUCUCGCUGCUGGAUUUUCUGGUACAGUUGCUGCUGCUGCAUCUCAUGGUUUUGACACUGCAAAAUGCCGAUCACAGUGUAUUGUGGUGCCCAAGUAUAUUUCCAUGGAGAGGAAGAUGCUAAAAUGGAACCGACCCGGGAAGAGAUUUGAGAGAUAUACAGGGAUCCAUCCUUCAGAUAGGAAUUUGUUAUUGCGGGGCAUUUGGUUCCGGAUGGCACGGAGUGGGCUUGCAUCAUUUGUGAUUGUGGGUAGUUAUUUCUUAGCCCUUGAUCAUCUCAUACCUAGUUGAAUAACUUGGCAGAGGAGGUUUGUGACAGCCAUUUUAUUCAUUUCUAUGCGGGGUGGCUCAGGGUUCAUUUCCGGUAGCAAGACAAACUGACUGUAAUAGGGCUUCAGUCUCUUUAAGAAUUAAAUGAAGUAGAAAAGGUCGAAAACUAACUCAAAAGUCAUACAAUUUUUUUGGAUGUAUGUAACUCAAGAUAAAGUUUUGUAAUAAUAAUCUAUCAGGAUCUGUUUUUCAA